AUGUCAAUCUUCACAGACAAAACGGACAAUUAUCCGACUUUGAGUCGUCCCUUCGGGUCAAUGAGAUCAGAAUAUGAUGUUGUUGUUGUAGGAUCUGGCUAUGGAGCUGGAGUAGCGGCAAGUCGAAUGGCUCGCGCAGGGAAGAGUGUCGCCGUGCUAGAGCUUGGUUGGGAAAGAAGAUCUGGUUCAUUUCCACAUACGUUUUCUCAGUGUCUAAGAGAUGUGAGUAUCUCGGGGAGUUCUGCAAAGAAUUCCUUUAUCUCAAAAUGGAUGUCGCCUGGGGACCCUACGCGGCUUUUUCAACUAGUUUUGGGAGAUGGACAGCACUCUUUUGCUGCUCAUGGACUUGGGGGAACUUCAUUGAUCAAUGCUGGAGUCUUCCUGAAAGCGGACGAAAGAACACUGGAGAUGAGCCCAUGGCCCUCAGAGAUCAGGAACGAGCCAUCUAUACUCGACGAAUACUAUACACGCGCCGAAACAAUGUUGCAACCUUCCACAUAUCCGGAUAAUUCAACCCCAACCAAACUCGAGCAUCUCCAAAAAGAAUCGAGAUGGCUUGGAGAGAAAGAAAACUUUUAUCGAGUACCAUUGACCAUAUUUUUUCACAAUGGUCGCAACAGUACCGGUGUCCCUAUGUAUGCAAGUAAAAAAUCGGGCCAUGAGUGUACUGGUCUCAAUGAUGGCUCAAAAAACUCGGUGGCGACAACAUAUCUUGCAGAUGCAUGGAAUUGGGGAGCUGAGAUAUUUUGCGGAUGUGAAGUUCAAUUUGUAGAAAAGAUGGACGGAGGAGGUUAUACUAUACACUUUGCCUGGCAUGGAAGUGGAAGAUCGGUGUUUGGGGAUCAGUUCAAGGAACAACUCUUUUGGGUUAAAGCGAAGGAAUUUUGCUUCCUUGGGGCCGGUGCUUUAGGAACCACUGGAGUCUUGCUACGGUCAAAGCAGCAUGGCCUCCAUAUGUCACCGCUCGUUGGAAGAAAUCUCUCUGGGAAUGGUGACCUUUUGAUAUUUGGUUACAAUGGGGGUACCAAUAUCAACGGCAUCGCCCAUGAAUCUUCACGUGCUCCACCCGGACCAACCGUCACUGCCGUUAUAGAUAACCGAGUCGUUGAUCCUCUGAAAAAUCCCCUGUCCGGAUAUGUUAUCCAAGAUGGCUGUAUUCCCGAGAUCUUCAACCCAAUGAUCCAAAUAAUGCUCACUCUGCAGACCAUAAAAAGUCAGGUGCGGUGUUGUCUUUCGAAUCCUCGCCAAGAAGCCAGAAAGACCAUCGCAUCUCUCAAGUCUCUCUUACUUGGCCCAUAUGCAUAUAAUGGAGCUCUUCAGCGGACUUCAACUUAUCUUGUGAUGUCUCAUGACAGCAACGAGGUAACGUUGACCUUGAAGGAUAAUCAAUUGUGCUUGCGAGGACCAGCAGAAGGACGAUCCGAGCAUUUCAAAUGGAUAAAGAAGAUGUUCGAGGAGCUUUUUGCUCGCACGGGAGCAAUGAUGGGGCUUUCGUACUUUUAUGCUCGCCACCAGGAGGAAAUCACAGUUCAUCUCCUUGGAGGAGCCAACAUGAGCAAUGAUGGAACAGGGGGCUGUGGUGUAACAAAUCACUUAGGAGAGGUCUUCAGUGGCCCUGAUAGCCAAGUAUACAAAGGUCUCGUGUGCUGUGAUGCAUCUAUCAUCCCGACAGCUCUAGGCGUGAAUCCACUGGCCACAAUAUCUGCCCUCUCUGAGCGAUCCGUCAACCUACUCGCCGAGAGGUCUAGAUUGUCAAUUGAUCUCAAGACUAAAAAUCAGCCUUUGAAUGCCUACAGCAAGCCUAGUGUAUCAUGGGAUUAUCAAGAGCAUCAGGAUCGUACCAAAGAAGCACCCCAGUCUAUAGGAUGGCAAUUUACAGAAACUAUGCAUGGGUACAUCAGCAUGGGGUCAGAUAUCGAAAGCUUUGCGCUGUCUGAGAAGGUAGGAAAAGGUUCAUCCUGUGCGAUGCGGAUGUUUCUUACAAUCGAAAUCUGCCGACGAGAAGAGGGCACACAGUACCGCCUGAAAGGCCACAAGCUCAUCAACUCGAACAUAUCAUUCUCUGCCAGAAAGACGUGGGCAGCGACGACUACCCUAAACGUCAAUAUCGCUCAACUGGACGGGACAAAUAUUGGAGCAGGUGCCCUUCAUAUCUCAUUGCUAGACUUCAAAAAGCAGACGAGAACAUUUCGAACGACAAGGGACUUCAAUAUUGGUCUUAUCUUGACUCUGAUGGGAUUUCUAGUUUCUUUUAUGUACCAUAUUAGUAUCUUUUUCUUUCGCCCUUUCGUCCACCUUCGCUUCCCUCGGACACCAACCAAACCCGCCGGUUUGAAACAACUUCCUCGAAAACAGCCGCCUGCCACAUCGUGCAACAUCACCGCAAUUGAUGGCGUACAGACACAUCUUGAUAUGUAUGAUCCAAUCCCUGUACAAAAGACAGGCAAGCCGGAACACAACUCCAACCUUCCACCAGUCCUGCUUUUACCUGGAGUUACCGGGAUCCGCGCGAUGCACAAUUUGUAUUCACUGCCAUUUUUGCGCUGCAACAUGGUCGAGUAUUUCACGCAGCGUGGACACCGAUGUUACGCACUGACUCCUCGUUGGGGCUGUGAUCCCGCUGUUGCUCAGAGAAGCACCGUCUUCGACUGCCGUCUUGAUGUUGCUGCUGCGAUAGCAUACAUCCGUGAGCAAGAACGACAAAAGCCGUAUGUGAUAGCCCAUUGCCAAGGCUCUGUGGCUCUGUCCAUGGGACUACUGGAUGGGACCAUCCUGAGUAGCCAACUUCUCGGUAUUACCGCCAACUCAGUGUUCAUGAACCAGGUCUUUGGGUAUUGGAACUCCCUCAAAGGAAGAACGACUCUGCUGAUCCAGUUAUACGAAUUAUUGGCUGGGAAUUACUUCCCAAUUGUCAGCAAUGCCAAGAGUGUGAUUUUUCAACGACUACUCGACACCCUCCUUCGUUUCUAUCCUGUUGGGCACGUGCGAGACGUCUGCACGUCUACAGCGUGCCGCCGGACAUCUUUCGCUUUUGGGUUACUCUGGAACCACGAGAACCUUGACAAGGGUCUUCAUGACAACGUUCACCAAUUUUUCGCGGGGACCCAUACAAAGCUUAUGAAGCAAGUAGUUCGCAUAGGAACUCGGGGAAUAUGCAUGGAUAAUGAUUCACGCCCUCUUCUGACAGCUGAGAAUUUGCAACGGUUGCAAGGGUUACCGAUUUUGUUUGUCUCGGGUACGGAUAACCAAGUAUUCAACCCCGAGACUACCCUCAAGGACUAUGAGUUGUUGCGACGACGAUUUGGUGAGAAACUUUAUCGCCGAUUUCUAGUCGACGGGUACGGGCAUCUUGAUCCUAUCGUGGGAAAAAAUGCGGCGGAGGAUGUAUAUUGGAGGAUAUUUGGGCAUUUGAGAUGGUGCAUCAAAGAGAAGGAAAAUAUGAAAGUGAAGACCAACGGAAUAUGA